AGUAAUAAAAAAAAAGCGGCGUUGAAUAAUAAAUAAAAUAAUAAAGAAAAAGUUGAAAGCAGGAGUUUGCAGCCAUAAAAAAAGCGAAGCAAUUGAGAGAGUGUUGUGUUGUGUUGACGCACUGUAAUGCUAUCUCCGAUGGCUCUCUCAGCGCAUCUCUGCCGUAUCCCCGCCACACGCGCCGACGUCGCUUUGCCGGAGACCAGAAUCCGCUUCCGGAAACCGUUCUCCGUCAAAUGCUCCGCGGACUCCUCUUCCGCGGCCGUGGACUCCGAGUUCGAUCCUAAGGUGUUCCGGAAGAACCUCACUCGGAGCAAGAACUAUAACCGCAAAGGCUUUGGACACAAAGAGGAAACCCUCCAGCUCAUGAGUCGCGAGUACACGAGUGAUAUCAUUAAGACUUUGAAGGAGAACGGGUAUGAAUAUACAUGGGGUCCUGUCACAGUGAAGCUGGCUGAAGCCUAUGGAUUCUGUUGGGGAGUUGAGAGGGCUGUUCAAAUUGCUUAUGAGGCCAGAAAACAGUUUCCCUCUGAGACUAUAUGGAUUACCAAUGAAAUCAUCCAUAACCCUACUGUUAAUAAGCGGCUGGAGGAUAUGAAAGUGCAAAAUAUUCCUCUGGAUGGAGGUGAAAAGCAAUUCGAUGUGGUCAACAAGGGGGAUGUGGUCAUAUUGCCGGCUUUUGGAGCAGCAGUGGAAGAGAUGUUGACUUUGAGCGACAAAAAUGUUCAGAUUGUUGAUACAACUUGCCCAUGGGUUUCAAAGGUAUGGAAUACUGUUGAAAAGCACAAGAAAGGAGAUUAUACCUCUGUGAUUCAUGGUAAAUAUGCCCAUGAGGAAACUGUAGCAACUGCUUCUUUUGCUGGAAAGUAUAUAAUUGUGAAGAAUCUGACAGAGGCUGAAUAUGUUUGUGACUAUAUUCUGGGUGGUGAAUUUAAUGGAUCCAGUUCAACCAAAGAAGCAUUUUUAGAGAAAUUUAAAUUUGCAGUUUCUGAGGGCUUUGAUCCAGACAAGGACCUGGUUAAAGUUGGCAUCGCAAAUCAGACAACAAUGCUCAAGGGAGAGACAGAAGAGAUUGGGAGACUACUGGAGAGGACUAUGAUGCAGAAAUUUGGUGUGGAGAACGUCAAUGAGCACUUCAUAAGCUUCAACACAAUUUGUGAUGCUACUCAGGAGCGACAAGAUGCUAUGUUCAAACUGGUGGAGGAAGAUAUUGAUCUUAUGUUAGUAGUUGGUGGAUGGAAUUCUAGCAAUACAUCACAUCUGCAAGAGAUAGCUGAGUUACGUGGAAUUCCUUCUUAUUGGAUUGACAGUGAGCAAAGAAUUGGUCCAGGAAACAGAAUAGCAUACAAGUUGAAUCACGGAGAGCUAGUGGAGAAAGAAAAUUGGCUGCCAGCAGGUCCAAUAACAAUCGGUGUAACAUCUGGUGCAUCCACACCAGACAAGGUUGUUGAAGAUGCGCUUAUCAAGAUUUUUGACUUGAAACGGGAAGAAGCGAUGCAACUUGCGUAAAGUAGGUUUGCAUAAAUACAUUGUCAAUGUAUAAACGAAACGAGAGACUAGUUCACAGUAUCUAUUACAGCCCCACUUAUUGGAAAAUUUAUCUGUAACAAUAGUUUAAUAGCUCUAAUAAAUGUUGCCAGUUGCGGUUUUUAUAAA